AUGCAUCAGUCGGCUCAAGCAGUUCCGAUCUUUCAAACAACACCCAAUGUUCCAACUUAUCAACAAGCGCCCAACGCUCCAGCUUAUCAACAAAGGACUCCAGCUCCGCACCAAAAUGCUCCAUUCCAAAAUAGAAGACAAGGUGGAAAACCUCUGAUUCCUCAGAUUCCUCUGUCUUACACUGAAUUAUAUCCGUCAUUGUUGAAGAAAGGGUUAGUUGCUCCGAGACCUUUGGGACCUCCACCAGAUCCUCUCCCACCAUAUUACAAUCCGAAUGCACAUUGUCUGUUCCAUGAAGGUGCCCCUAGGCAUGAUUUGGAAGGUUGUUAUGCCUUAAAACAUAUUGUGAGGGAAUUGAUUGAGAAAAAGAUUCUUUCAUUUGGGGAUACCAGUCCAAAUGUCAAAAACAAUCCUCUGCCUGCCCAUGGGUCUGUAAAUGCUAUUGAUGAUGAGCCUGAUGAAGGUCUGAUUCUUGAUGCAACCAAAAUCAAGACUCCGCUCAGAGAUUUUCAUGCAAAGUUAGUGGAGGCAGGUUUAUUGAAAAAUUGCCAUAAGAGUUGUGAAGAAUGUACUAUUGGUCCUAAAGGAUGUCAAAUGAUCCGAAAGGAUAUUCAAGAAUUGAUUAACCAAGGUGUGUUGCAAGUAAGCAGUCGUAUGAAAAAGAAUGAGGUAGCAGUGAUUGAACCCAUCUUCAAUCUACCUGAGUUAAGUACUACAACACCAAUCUUCAACAUUCCAGAGCCAAUCUUCAACGUUCUAGAUUCUACUGUUGUUCAGCCAAUUUUCAACAUUCCAGAAUCAGUUGAACCAAUCUUCAAUAUGCCUAAUCCAGUGGUUGUCCAAAGGCCUAGCUCUUUUCCUUUUGAGAAUACUAAAGCAGUUCCUUGGAAGUAUGAUACAUCUGUGGUUAACCAAAGGUCUGACAAAGUAGGUCAUAAAGAAGGUCUGAAUAUUGCAAGCACUGAUAUAGCAGUGGGAAGUAGAAUGACCCGCAGUGGUCGCAUUUAUACCCCUCAGUUCAACUUGGCUCCACCAAAUCCACCAAAAGAAACCACCACUACUGUUACCGACAAAGGCAAAGAGGUUAUCACAACUGAUGAAGACGCUGAAUUUCUGAGGAUUAUUAAGAAGAGUGAUUACAAGAUUAUUGAUCAGCUGCAUCAAACUCCUUCAAAGAUAUCCAUUUUGUCUCUUCUCAUGAGUUCUCCAACUCAUAGGAGUGCCUUGCAGAAAUUGUUAGCUCAGGCUCAUGUCACUCACGACAUUACUAUUGAUCAAUUUGAUGGGGUCAUUGCCAACAUUACAGCAUGCAACCAUCUCAGCUUCAGUAGAGAAGAUUUGACGAAGGAUGGCCAAGACCAUAACCGUGCUUUGCACAUAUCUGUGAAAUGCCAAGAAGAUACCCUAGCAAGAGUCCUUGUGGACACUGGCUCCUCUCUGAAUGUUUUACCUAAGAGGACACUGGCUAAGUUGGCAUAUCAAGGGACUGAGAAGAGGCCAAGCGCAUUGAUUGUCAAGGCAUUUGAUGGAUCGAGGAGGACCAUCAUAGGGGAGGUGGAGCUGCCAAUAUUAAUUGGUCCACAUGUAUUUGAAAUUACUUUUCAGGUUAUGGACAUCAACCCAAAUUAUAGUUGUUUGCUUGGAAGACCGUGGAUUCAUGCCGCUGGGGCCGUGACUUCCACCUUGCACCAAAAAAUGAAAUUUGUUAUUGGUGAUAAGCUGGUGAUUGUGUCAGCUCUUGAAAUAGCCAACGAUGUCCUUAUGGAAGUCGAAGAAUCAAAGGAGAAGGAUAUUCCAUCUUUUGCAUCAUGGAAGAAAGCAAUAUCAACCAUCGAGGAAGGAAGUCCCGAAGGUUGGGGAGAUGUUAUUGAUGUCAAACUAAAGCUAGACCGUUAUGGGUUGGGUUACAAACCAACCAAUGUCAAGAAGGAAGCAUCAACCUCCACCGAAGGACGUCUGAAGACUAUCCAAGAAGUGUUUGUCAGCACUGGAUAUCAAGUCAAUGCUAUUGAUGAAUAUCUUGAAGAUGAAGAUUUGAGCAACCUGGUGUACCAAUCUGAUGUGGCUUUGAACAAUUGGAAGGCGAUUGAAAUCCCAAAGAUGUUUCCUUUGUCAAAAAUAAAAGAAAACCAUGUUGAAUCCAAUGACUCUACUUUCCCUCUUAACUUUGAUUCACCAAUCUACCAAGCUGAAGAAGAGGGUGAGGAAGAUUGUGAUGUUCCUGACGAACUGGCAAGAUUGGUUAAGUACGAGUACACAGAUAUCCAACCACAUCAAGAGCAGGUAGAGACAAUCAACCUUGGCACCGAGGAAGUAAGGAAAGAGGUCAAGAUUGGUACAACACUUGGGGCAGACAUCAAAGAAAGAUUGGUCAAGCUUUUACAAGAAUAUGUGGAUGUGUUUGCAUGGUCGUAUCAAGAUAUGCCCGGUUUAGACAAAGGCAUUGUUGUUCACAAAUUACCACUCCGACCAGAUUAUCCACCAGUAAAACAAAAACUCCGAAGAACAAGACCAGACAUGGCUUUGAAGAUUCGAGAAGAGGUCAAAAGACAGUUUGAUGCUGGCUUUCUUGUAGUUGCAAAGUACCCUCAAUGGUGUCAUCCGGUCAUGCCUGAAUCUGGUGAUCAACUGCUUUGA